CUCCAGCCUCCAUCGUCUCGCGGUAGUCACUUCAUCCGCAUCAUCCAUGCCCAUGCGCAAGUUCUCUCUCUCGCGCAAAAGCUCGUCUUCCGACGUCCGGGGUGCGCGCGCGCGCCCCCCCUCGGCAUGGACGCCUGGCUCCGGCGCCGGCUCGCCCUCCCCGUCCCCGUCUCCAUCGCCGGCCCCCGCCUCGGCUCCCGCGGCCUCGACGCCGGAAAAACGCAAGCCCUCCAUCGCGUGCGUGCACACAUGUCCCAGCUCACCCCAGCGUCAAGAGCAAGCGCCGCCUCUCGGCCAUCUUCGCGUCGCCGAAGAGCCGCGGGCCCGCGCCAGACGGCGCGGCGGACUCGCCGCCUGCGUCAUUGCGCUCCGCGCACGCGACGGAGACCACUGCCGACAGCCAAAGCCAGAGCGAGAGCCGAAGUCUCAGCCCCAGCCUCGCCGAUGCGAACGGGUCGGCGGAUACGGCCGGCGUCGCGGCCGGCGUCGCUGCGCUCAGCGUGAACGGGACACACACGCACCCCCUGUCCCAGUCGACCGUCCCCAGCACGAGCACGCCCGCGACACCCACGGCAUUCCCAGCGCCCGCGACGCCCGAGCGCCAGCGCCUCGGCGUGCCCACUGCGUCCGCGUCCUCAACACCAGGCGUGUCCGGCGCGUCGACGCCCACGCGCAUCCAAAACCUCUACUCCCAGUGGGGCCUCGACGACUCAGACAGCGACGACGACCUGGGUUACGGGACGGCGUCGGAGGGUCUGUCUGACCUCGAGGAGGAGGAGGAGCCGGAGGAGGACAAGCCCAAGGCCAACGGGCACGCCAAGGAGGCGAGCGCGACCGCUGCGACUGUCACAACAGCGCCCAGCGUCGCCGGCACUACCGCGGCGAGCAUCGUCGGCGCGGCGGCCAUCGUGCCGUCCAGCG